UUUGUCAUGAUCGGCACCGUGGCGGCCUAGGCCAUAAACUGUUCCAAAGCACACGCAUGAUAUAUUCAGAGAGGUGUGAUGGCCGGGAAGAAUCAUUUGAUGUGUGUUUCCGUAAUAGCGAUUUUAGCGUCCCUCGAACUCUGUGAAGGACAAGCAGUGGAAGAAGAAGUCGAUAAGGGGGGGCGCCCGGUGCGAGGCAGCCAUAACCUCAGGAGGGUGGUGUCUGGUUUAAAACAGGAACCCGAGGCUCAGAAAAGACCCGGUUCGCUUGUGUUCCAGAACGACCCGAAGGGAGGCUUGUAUUCUUCUAAUGUGUCACAGGAUGUGUUGGCUGCUAAACUGAAGCAAAUGGAUCCAUCAGUGCAGUGUAGUGAAAGCCUCAUGACCCUGACAGUCAAACGGAUUGGAGCUGCUUUGUUUCUUGUGGAUAGUGGUGAGGAAACUCUUACUCCGCUGUCUCAGAUGCGCUCUUCAUGUGGCUACUCUGUGAAGAGGUCCCGUAGAGAUGUGCAGUAUGCUGCAAACUAUCAGGGCUGCCAUGUUAACAAGCAGGAUGGUGACUAUGUCCUACCGCUACGUUUAUGGGGCUCACCAGUGGCGAUGUCUUGUCCCGUUAUGCUGCCGUCGCCCAUUAUUUUCUGCUUUCCGUCUAAGAUGGUACUGAAGAUUAGUGGAGUUUCUGCAAAUGAACUCAAAGUAAAGAUGUCUGGCACGUGGCAGCCGCUCUCAUUGGCAUGCAGCAGUUGUGGGCUGAAUUUUAACGAUUUUGCUGGAGAACUAACUCUUUCUGCACCCUACAACACGGGCCCGUGCAUGCAGGUCAAGGAUGAGGAGUAUCUGCUCACUCUACAGUGGGCAGAUUUUGAGCUUGAGGCCACAUGUCCUUCAGCACCAAAAACUGACCCUUCAAAGGGAACAAGUACUCCUCCGAGUGACAGGGAUCAGGUUCCGCAGAAUCCUCUCUACCCUUAUUUCCCAAUGUUCUCCCAAUAUCUGGAGCCCCCGCCGACACGCAGUCCAGCCACCGUGGCAUCAUUGCCUCAGUUCUCCUUUGUUGCUGGAGAUGCCACGAACAAACCGUUCGUGGCCUCCUCCGCUCAGCACCCUUCAGUCCCAUUCAUGCCGCAGUUUCCUCCGUUUUUCUUGGUUCCCAGAUCUGAGACACCAGCAAUCCCUUCAUCAAAUCAGGGUGCUGCUGCUCCCCAGGCUCCGUUUCCGCUAAUGCCACAUCAAUAUCCAAUCCCAUUUUUUCCACAAUUCCACAUGGUUCCGGGAAUUUCCCAACCAACAACCCCAACUCCCCCUCAUGCCACUCAGGUUUCAGUAAGCACACCUUCAUCUUCUACAGGGAAGGAAACGCUUCAAGCCCCUGGCCUUGUUUUUUCAGUAUCAAAAUACCCCUUUAAUUCAUUCCCUAAACACCCAUCAUCCCCAGGAGUUCAAACCCAAGCUGCAAAGGAUCCCAAACCUGCAAUCCAACAGCCCAAACCACAAGAUCUGUACCACAGAAAAUUUCCCAUCCCUGUAUUGCAUCCACAACUGAAUUAUGAUUCUUCAAGAUUAAAUUAUCAGCUGCAGGCUCCUGCUCCUACCCCUGUCAGUGCACCUAGCACAGAGAAACAGGCAGCUGAAGAGCAAUUUUAUCAGCCGCACCCUUUCAUGCCACUCUACAUGGUUCCUAAACGGGGUCCCAUGCCUGUCUAUCUUGAUUAUCCAGCUGUGCAUCCUAUAAAUGUUCCUCCAUCAGAUCAUCACAAACUUGGGACCAUCUACAAGCUGGUGAAUCCUCUCUUCCCUUUCCCUUCUGAUCAGAGGAAAAAGGCACUUGAAGAAAGGCGGUAGAGGUACUGCCGAGUUGGCGUCAGAGCAUCACAGUCCGCAACAAUCUGUCUACCCUGGUCAGAUCUUAAGAUAUUUUACAGCAGGAGCUCGCACUGUAAAUGUUUCUGAGGGACAAUAAAGUCAAGGCAGUUGCAUCAACACGUAAUUGGUUUUGUUUUUGUCUGUCCUGCAAAAUGCCAGAAACCCAUGGCCAGCA